UGCCACCACCAACAGGACGAUGUUCAAAAAAGCAAGCAGACAACACCACCUGCAGACAGACAGACAGACAGACAGACAGACACGCUGUUGGAUUUAUUUCCCGCUUCUGACUUGAGCUGCGUUGAUUUGCUGAACUGAGGACAUUUAUUGAUUGUCUCAGGGACAGAGGGCGUCCAAAUGUGUCCCCCCUGAGGACGGGACUCUUGAAUUUCAAAAGCAACAACAAUGGGCUGCGUUUCCACAGGGAGCUGAAUGCUAGAGCACACACACGAGCACACACACACACACACAUAAACGCGGGAUGUUUCCUGAAGCCCUCGACAUUUCCACGUUGACUUGUUGAGUUGUGUUUCGUCGUGUCGGGAUCUUUUCGUGGGAGCCCGCGAUGCCUGCGAGGAACAGGUACAACCUGGUGGACGAUGUGGCGGACUCGAGGCUGCCGCUGCACAACGAGGAGGCUUAUCAGCAUGGGAUUAGUUUCCAAGCCAAGUACGUGGGAAGUCUUGACGUGCCGAGGCCCAACAGUCGGAUGGAGAUCGUGGCGGCCAUGAGGAGAAUCAGGUAUGAAUUCAAGGCCAAGAACAUCAAAAAGAAGAAGGUCAACAUCGUGGUGUCUGUGGAUGGGGUUAAAGUGAUACUGAGAAAGAAACAGAAGAGAAAAGAAUGGACAUGGGAUGAGAGCAAGAUGCUAAUCAUGCAAGAUCCCAUAUACAGGAUUUUCUAUGUGUCUCAUGACUCCCAGGACUUGAAGAUCUUUAGCUACAUUGCAAGAGAUGGCUCCAGUAACUCCUUCAGAUGUAAUGUCUUUAAAUCAAAGAAGAAGACACAGGCCAUGCGUAUUGUGCGGACAGUUGGUCAGGCUUUUGAGGUGUGUCACAAGCUCAGUCUGCAGUAUGUUGAGCAGGAGGCGGACGGACAGGCAGAUGGAGAGAGUGAUAAGUCCACAGAGGAGCCCAGCACUAACGGUCUUAAACUCACAGGACCAGAGCGAGGAGAGGAAGAGGAGGCUGCUAAACGUCAAGGAAGACGAGAAGAUUCUUCAGCUGGCACUUCACUGUGUGAAAUGGCAGUCAAUGACAUUCUUCAGGGUCUGGCUGAACUGAAUGUGGUCAAACCUGGACAGACUAUCACGGAGUUCGAUCGAAGGUCCGUCUUCACUGUGACAUCCAAAGACGUUACUCCCAGCAGCCCUUGCUCUACAUCUCUCACUCCACUGGCGUCACAACACUACCUUCAGCUCCUUCAGCAGCAGCUGCAGCAACAGCAGCAGCACACGCAGGUGGCUGUCGCACAGGUGCAGCUGUUGAAGGAUCAGAUGGCAGCAGAGACGGCUGCCCGUAUGGAGGCUCAGGCCCGCGUCCACCAGCUGCUGCUGCAGAACAGGGACUUGCUGCAGCACCUGGCCCUGCUGGUGCAGCAGCUGAAAGAGCUGGAGACUCGUUCCCCAAGAACUGCACAACCAGGGUCGCCACAGCGGGAGCUCCAAGCUAAUGGACACGAUGGUCAGAUGUCGUCCGUCUCAACGUUAGCAAAGUCUUUGUCUCUGAAUCUGAAGAAUCACUACAGCCAGACCCUGGACCAGCUCAUCACCUCCUCACCCUCGUGGCCGCUCCGGACCCAGGUGGACUGCAGUGAGUCCUACCUCAACCUGCUCAACCUGGAGAACAGCAACAAACCAGCAGCGUCGGUCAACAGCGACAUGGACCCGUUCCUUAGGGCCAACGGGGGGGUGGAGGACAAGGAGAAGUCCUGCGGUGGGAUUGUCCCGUUUGUAUCGCGAAACUCGGCCAACAUGGAUGAAAAGUGUAAACAGACCAUCCCCAAACUUGACCCUCCUCCUCCCUCCCUGAACCGGAAGCGGGCCAGUAGAACAAUGUCACCGGGCUCAGAUGUCAUAGCUGUGCCCACACCUGGAGAUUUCGCCGCUAAUGAUGUGGCCCCGAGCCGCCGCAGCAGCGGCCUCUCCUUCCCAGACAUCACCCCGAGUUCCCUGUCGUCCGCUGAUUUUCACUCCCUCAGCAACGGCGAGAGCAGCUCCUGUUCGACCAGCGAGGACUCGGGGGUCCGCUCCGAGACCAAGUCCCUGCUGUCGCCCCUGCGCGACGACGACGACCUCUUUGGAGACCGCGUGACUUUUCUGACGGCGUCCAGCGGCUGUGACAGUCCCACAGAAGAAGGAAAUGAGUCGGUUCUCUCUCCCACGGAGUCGUGUCCUGCUGAACCCAGCGUCUUCACCUCACACCUGGACACCCAUGAGCAGCCGCUGCCCUUCUCCUCUCCUGUGAAUGACACCUGUCUUCACAUCAGCUUUUCUGAGGAUGAGUUGCUGGAGAGCAGCCAGGAUGACCCCACUGUCCCACAGCGGAGUUAGGAGGACAGGCUGACGUUCCCCUGGAGACCUUACACUAUGUUCCUCAGUCUGCUUUCAAUGCAGUGCUUACUGUCGGACACUGGGCUCCAUUUCAGGACCUUGAAUUAUUCUGUCUUUUGUGGCACAUUACAAACAUAGCAUAAAUGAAAAAAAGAAUUGUAUAAAUUAAAUUAGCCAUUGGACAGAUUUAGUAUUUUUAUAAUGAAUUUAAUAAUAAUCUAAUUUCCUUUUUAGUGAUUAGAACGUUGAGCAGAAAACAUGUAGCAUUUAUCGCACUGUUAGUCGCACAUUUACUGUAAGCCAAUAAGGGAAUGCGUUUUGGUUUUUUUUGUUAGUCGUCUGCGUUUAAAAAAAGAAGAAAAAAGAUCAUUAUUUUGUGUAAUGCUUCGCUCUGGUGCAAAAAUGUUGUGGAAAUAACCUUUUGUGCAGAUUUCACUGUGAUGUACAGGAUGAUGCUCAUGCACAUGUUGGUGAUGUUGGGAAGAGCUUCCUCUUCUGAAAAAAAAAAGCACCUGAGUGGAUGAGUGGAAAGAAAAGAAAAUGGAAGUCGUUAAAUGGAAAAGAACCACAGAGAAGUAAGCACAUCCACUUGUGGCUGUGUUACCUGAGUGGAUGAUAGCAUGUUUUUAGGUAACUUGUAUUCUUGUGUUUGUCAGAUAUCAGAUAGAUAAACAGAAUAGCUGGAGGGGGAUUUGUCCUUUUGUGUUGCAUCGAUUCUGUAUGUGGCAUGUUUGCAGUGCAAAACAGAUGGGAUUAGGAGGUUUUUUUUCGGCGCAGAAUUAAAACAACUUCAGUUUUGACAAACAUACAAAAGAGGAAAGCAAACCCUCAGAGAGCUGAUGGGCUUGAAGGCUUUGAAUUGCACCUCUCUGAGUGCAGAGUCUUUAAUAAAGCAAACCCUCAGGCUCAGUGAGACGAUAAUUGGGGAGAUCACAUAGGGCCUUGGAGAGAGAUCGUUUGGCAGAUACAUUUUUCUUUUUCUAGCUUCAUUUUUUUGUGUGAAAUCCUGAAUGAAAAGAAAACGUGUUGCCUUGUAGAGCUCUCAGGACUGUUAUUUGUUCCAGUUUCGUGUUAUUUUUUAAAAGAAUUGGCAUAAAUGAAUACUGAGCUGCAAAAGCAAAUUGAUUAACCAAUUAGUCCAUCACUAGAAAAUUCCAUAUUUUGGAAUUAUUACUCAUUUUGAACUGUUGAUGUCACUUUACUCAAUGUUCACUCUUUUUGGGUGAUUUAUGGGCCGUGUGACUAGUUGGAUAAUCAAUAGAAUGGUAACGUGAUCGUUACAGGAACAAGAAACAAGUCCAAGACGAGACUCAAAGGAACGUAGUGAUGCAGCAUCAUGGAUGCCGUUCAACAUCACGACAAACUAAAUCAAUAUUAAUUCACAAACAAGUGAAAAAACAAACACAAGAAAAUGACCAGGCAUUAAUAACCAGAUGAAAUGCCAAUGAAAAUAAUUACUUUAAGUCCCAUAGCUGAACACAUACCUCUUCAUUCCCCCCCUUUUUUUUCUCAUGAGUGUUUUUACACAAUUUCUGUUGUAACUGUGACUGCGGCAGAUGUGAUUGUUAAUGAAGGCGAGAGUAAAAGCAGCUGUGUGAGGUGUGAAGAGCAGCAGAAGAAAGGUGCAGGUGUGGAAUUCCCACAGGCAAACAUUUUACACCCAGAAACGAGCUUUUUCUCAACAUCACACGACGUGGCGGGGGAGCUACUGUGUAACAGCAAUAACAUGCAGAGGGAGAAUAUAAUGAUAAAGUGAAGGACUUUUUCCCCCCGACCUUCACCGUUUUUCCUUGUGUUCCUUUGCUUUUCUGACUGUCUGUAUAAAAUGUAGAACAACACCGGCUCUCUUUGUGUGCUGCUGAAAUCAGUCGUGUGUGUUUCUUUGACACGGUUAAUUUCCCUUCACUACAUCACAGCAAACUGAAUUUUCCGAGCGCUCUGUAGGAAGAUCAGGCUUCCGACUGUAAAGUGUUCACAUACGGAGCUUAAAUAGGUGCAGCAUGAAGAAAUCAAAGCAGCUGGAUUCAAAGCCAAUAGCCAUAGGCCUAUUAAAAAAAAAAAAAAAGAUGUUCUUUUCGUGUGUUUGAAAAUGAAUAGUCUGUGAUCUCUGCUUUCAUCGUUGCAUUAAUGUUUGACAUUAGCAAUGUUGCUCAAUCACGUUCUCUUAAUUCUAGGAACGGUUCUGCUCCUGAGGUCCCCAUUAAAGGUGAGCCGCCUGCAAAGCUCGCCCCUGCAGUGUUUACUGUCACUGCGAUGCAGGAACAGGUGACUGACAGGCUUAAUGUCUUCGGAAAAAACCUCCAAUGAAGCGCAUUAAUGAGAAUGGAGGGCUGUCGAGCUGUAAGGUGCUCAGAGCUGUCAUUUCCGCUUCAGCACUUUAAUCGCAGGAGAGCAAACACCUAAAGGAAAUUGGGCGAAAUGUGUUGUGUGUUCUAUUUCUGGCGCAGGAGCCGGAUUCUCCUUGUGUGCUUUUGUACCUUCCCACAACUUGGAAUUCCCUCACUAGACAAUUAAUGAUGCGUCGUGUCUGUGAGUCUCACGAGAGCAGAAGCUACUCCCUCAUCUUUUCUUCGGCCUCAGUCCGAGGAAGCUCAAUACCAGUUCAAUACGACUGAUCUGUCGCUUUACGUAACCCCCUUAAAGCGGAUGGCUAUCGUCCUUUUAUUGUGCCCAUUAAUGCUGCUGGAAAGUCAUUAGUCUUUGUAUGGACAGGAGCGAGCCUGUCAGCGAUCCAAGCUUAGUGUGAGUGAAGUUAAUGAUCACAGAAAGGGAAUGAACUCUCAUCACAUGCCUGUCCACUUUAACGCAUGCUUUUGGAGAAGAUUCAAUUGAGCUUUCUUGUUCCUUUUACAACCUUAAGAGAUUUACAAUCUAAUUAUGUUAAUGCUAAUAAUGUGGUGGAAAAUGAGGCGUUUUUUGUGGCACAAGUGCCUCGGAAAUCUAAAUGUGGCUGCCCCUUUUAGUUGAUGUGGAAUAAUAACACUCAAUCUUUCAGCAUCAUGUUGUUUUCACACAUUUCUGUUGCUUGGUUUCAGCACAAGUGUUUGUACAACUCAAAUUUCUUUUCCCAGCAGCCAAAAAUGUUAGUUCUGGACACAGUAAAUACUGUCACUGUAUGAAGCACCAUUUGUUGACUUGUUGGCCAUCCCACAAUCAAGAAGACACAGCUGUCCAGCAGAGAUCUCAGGAGCCUGAGUCCUCCUUGGUCUUCUUUAAAGUCCACUGAUAAGACCAGAUACUAAACCCUAAACCGAGAUGGUUCGGUGCCGUAGAUGUUGUAGAGUCUUCACUUUGCUCCUGCCUUAUGAGAAGGACAGACAUUUCAGAUAUGUAAUCACUGGCGUGAGAUAGUUGGGAAGGCUUUGCUUUUCCACUUAUGACAAUAAACAAACUCUUAAAUCUUC